AUGCCCACCACACUCCUCCACCCCUUCCCAACCUCCGCCCUCCCUACCGCCCUCCUCACAACCUCCAAAAAAUACCGCGAAACUCCCCGCAAACCCCCUGUCGACCUCCUCCAAUGCCCCCUGAUGGAGAUGGUGCAGUACUCCUGCAACCCGCCGAAUAAAGAGGUGCCAGCACCCGGCAUCAUCGAGUGCGAGAGUGUGGUGAGGUUGUUCAGACGGUGUGCGAAUGGGCUUACGGUCGAGACUACGACGUGGGAGCGGAGCGGGAUGAGAAAAGAAAGGGACAACGAGAGCGAGAAGAAGAAGAAGAAGGGGGUGCAGAAAUAG